AUGAAAGAGAUGGAGCAGAGUGUCAAAAAAAUGCUGAAACUGAUUGAAGAAGAUGGUGCAUCUCUUGCAAAGAAGGCUGAAAUGUGUAAGCAGAGCAGGCCAGAUUUGAUUUCAAAAAUUGAGGAAUUCAACAGCAUGCAUCAAUCAUUGGCUGAGUGCUAUGAGUACGUGACAGCAGAAUUAUCUAAGAGCAUACCAUCAGAGUUCCAUGUACAGGGUGCUGACAAUUCUGAAUCUGGCUAUGGCAAGGACUCUCCUAUGGUGACUCCUGAUCAGAAGCUGGGUUACAAGACUGGUAAUCGAGUACCUUCUGGCAGCUCCCAUAGUGCUAGCUCUGAUCUUUCAUUGAAGGAAGGAUCUGAAUCAUUUUCAUCAUCAUCAGAUUCUGAAUCAGAAUCUUUCAAUUCCUCCGGGAAUGCCUACUAUAGCUUCCCAGUGAACACAGAUCGUAGUGAACUGCACAGGAGGAUUAUUGAGAUGGGGACUGAGCUCCCAAGCAUGGAAGAAAAGCUCCGGAUGGAUGAAAAAGAGAAUGGAGAUAGCGUGCUGAAUCAAGAGGAAAAUAGAAAUUAUGAGGAGCUGCUUGGCAGAAUAAUCGGGUAUGAGGAAGAGUUGAGGCUUACAAAGCUUAAACUCCAGCUUUCAGAAGAUGAGGUUGCCAAGUUAAAAGGUGAGCUUGAGAAGAGUGUAUUCUUUAGGGAACUUUCUGGGACUUUGCAAACUCAGCUUGAAUCAGCAAUUGGAGAUAUCCAAAUGAGGGAGGCAGCUAUUCAAGUGGAAAGAGAGAGAGUUUUGGAGCUGCAAGAGCAAAUAGCUGAAGGUACAGAUGAAUUUCAAGGUCAGCUCAAGUUGGCUGAUGAAGAAAUAGCAAUGCUGAAUGCCAAACUCAAUGCAGAGAGUAAGCAAGUUUUAGAAUUGCAGGAGAGGAUUGAAUGCUACGAAAAUGAUCUUUCUGAUCAUGAUCAUGAAGUCAAGGAACUGAAAGAUGCACUGCACAAUGCCCAGGAAAGUUUCUCUGUGGAGAAGGCACACCUGCAGUCUGAGAUACGAAACCUGUCUGAGAAACAGACCGUGUUGGAGGUAAAGCUGAGAGAAUGGGAUUCACAGGGGAAAUCCAUGGAGGAUAAAUUGAGGCGAUGUGAAGCUGAGAAAAUGGAAAUGAAACAUUUGCAUGAUGCCCGGGAGAUUGGGCUGCAAGGGGAGAUCAGUCAAUUGAAGGUGGAACUAAUUGACAGAGGUGGACAUGUGGAGGUUCUGAACAAAAACCUUGACAGCCUCAAGUUUAAAUACGAUAUGCUUAUGGCCGAGAAAGAUGGGAUGAGUGCUAAGGUGAACACACUCAUUGCAGAAGUGAAUUCUCGAGACAAUCAAAUAAGGCAAAUGGAGGGGCAUCAGCAACGGUUGCAUGCUGAACAUGUGGAAUUGAUUGCUGGGUCUGAAAGUUCACAGAAACGAGUGGACGAGUUAAGACUGAAGGUACUGGAGCUGGAGAAGGAGGUGGAUAGGCAGAGAGUUGAGCUUUCAGCUGUGGCUGAGGAGAAAAGGGAGGCAAUUCGACAACUAUGCUUCUCUCUGGAGCAUUAUAGGAGUGGGUAUAAAGAACUUCGCGAAGCAUUUCUUGGGCACAAACGGCAUGCAGUUAUGGUUUCAUAA